AUGUCUACAAUAAACACAGCAGAACUCUCGCCUUCCGUUAAUACAAAUCGGCGCUUCGAAGUCCUCGAGUUCGAUGCUGGCGAUAUCACCUCGAUUCAGGCCUCCAGACUCUCACCGACAGACGGUGGUCCCGCAGCGUGGCGGCUCUUAAUCGUAGCAUUCGUCUUUGAAGCUCUCCUCUGGGGCUUUCCACUCUCCUUCGGCGUCUUCCAGGACUAUUACUCCAGCCUCCCCGAAUUCAAGGACAAUCAUUAUACCUCUGUGAUUGGCACGACCGCAUCAGGCAUCUCGUAUCUCGGAGCCCCUCUAGCUUUGCCGCUGGUGAGGCGUUGGUCAAACUACCGGACGCAGAUGAUAUUGGUGGGGUGGCCGCUGUGCAUUGUUGGGUUGAUUUCGGGAAGCUUUGCGGAUCGGUUGGCAACUCUUAUCCUGACGCAGGGAGUCAUGUACGGCAUAGGUUUCAUCACUUUUUACUAUCCGAUAUUGACGAUGGUGGAUGAAUUCUGGGUGAGAAGGAGGGGAAUGGCGUACGGGCUCUUGUGCGCCGCAUCCGGGGCAUCGGGUGCCGUGAUGCCAUUGAUACUGCAGGCGCUGUUGACCAGAUUUGGGUACCGGACCACACUCAGGGCUGUUGCCGUGGCGCUGGUGGGACUGACGGGACCUUUGAUACCUUUGCUUCGGGGCCGCCUUGGACGACAAUCCAAUGCGAGCCUCCGGACGAGUUGGAGAUUCCUGAAGAACCGAUUGUUCUGGAUCUACAGCAUGAGCAACCUCUUGAUGGGCCUGGCCUAUUUUUUCCCUUCGCUUUAUCUCCCAUCUUACGCAACGGCGGCGGGCCUAACUGUAUCAGAUGGAGCAUCACUGCUCACAGUCAUGAGCGUUUCACAAGUCGGGGGACAGUUCACCUUUGGCUAUCUUUCCGACAAAAAAUUGUCGGUGAAUGCUCUUAUGACGGUCUCCCUCACCGUCGCGGCUAUUGCGACAUUCAGUACUUGGGGUGCUGCGCGCUCGUUACCUCCCCUGAUCAUCUUUACCCUGUUGUAUGGCUUCUUUGGCGCAGGAUAUACAGCCAUGUGGGCGAGGAUGGUCACUGCAGUUGACGAGGAACCCUCCGCCUCUCCAGCCAUGUACAGCCUCUUCUGCUUCGGGAAAGGCAUCGGGAAUGUGCUGGCUGGUCCGAUCAGCGCCAGCUUAUUAAGAAUGUCGUCUGGCAGGGCUGGAUAUGGGCAGGGAAUGUACAAAUCGGUCGUGAUUUUCACUGGAAUUUGUCUGCUUCUCAGCGCCGGUAGCUUAAUUGCAACUCAGUGCAAUUGGAGGAAACAGCAGACAACGUAG